CCAACAGGGGGCGACAUGGUGAAAUGUCCUCCCUACAUGGUCCGUCAUCUGACGGACACUCAGCUGGUUUGCCAACACCAGUUUUUUGACAACAGUGAUUUGGUCGAUAAUGUGCAUAGCGUCACUAUUGCCCCCACAACUGACAUAACUUACUAUUCGUCCGCUGUUUCUUCGUCUCCGAAGCUGUUCAUCAUGGAGCCGUCUGCGCCAAAAAGCAAGCUCAAAAAGCUGAGUGAAGACAGUCUGACCAAACAGCCAGAGGAAGUGUUCGAUGUUCUAGAAAAACUUGGUGAAGGUUCCUAUGGCAGUGUGUUCAAAGCUAUCCAUAAGGAGUCGGGCCAGGUUGUGGCCAUAAAGCAGGUCCCUGUGGAAUCUGAUCUGCAGGAGAUCAUCAAGGAGAUUUCCAUCAUGCAGCAGUGUGACAGCCCCUAUGUGGUGAAAUACUAUGGCAGCUACUUCAAGAACACAGACCUGUGGAUUGUCAUGGAGUACUGUGGAGCUGGGUCUGUCUCUGAUAUCAUCAGACUGCGUAACAAGACGCUGACAGAGGAGGAGAUUGCAACUAUCCUGAAGUCCACACUGAAGGGUCUUGAAUAUCUCCACUUCAUGAGAAAGAUCCAUCGGGACAUCAAGGCAGGAAACAUCCUUCUCAACACUGAAGGACAUGCCAAACUCGCAGAUUUUGGAGUAGCUGGACAACUGACGGACACCAUGGCAAAGAGAAACACCGUGAUUGGUACUCCAUUCUGGAUGGCCCCAGAAGUGAUUCAGGAGAUCGGUUACAACUGUGUGGCUGACAUAUGGUCCCUAGGCAUUACUUCUAUAGAAAUGGCGGAAGGAAAACCUCCGUAUGCUGACAUUCAUCCCAUGAGAGCUAUCUUCAUGAUUCCCACCAACCCUCCUCCAACUUUCAGGAAGCCAGAGCUUUGGUCAGACGAAUUCACAGACUUUGUCAAGAAGUGUCUGGUUAAAAAUCCAGAGCAGAGGGCAACUGCAACCCAGCUGCUACAGCACCCUUUCAUCAGCCAGGCCAAGCCGGUCACAAUUUUGAGAGACCUGAUUACUGAAGCGAUGGAGAUGAAAGCCAAACGGCAGCAGGAGCAGCAGAGAGAACUGGAGGAGGAGGACGACAACUCUGAAGAAGAGACUGAGGUGGACUCUCACACUAUGGUGAAGUCCGGCUCAGAGGGUGCAGGGACCAUGAGGGCCACUAGCACCAUGAGUGACGGUGCUCAGACAAUGAUCGAACACAGCACCAUGUUGGAGUCAGACCUGGGCACUAUGGUCAUCAACAGUGAUGAUGAAGAGGAGGAAGAUCAGGGAUCCAUGAAGAGACACGCCACCCCCCAGCAGCCGAUGCGUCCGUCCUUCAUGGACUAUUUUGAUAAGCAGGACUCAAACAAGGCAGCCCAGCAGCACGAGAACUACAACCACAACCAGCUGCAGGAGCAACCCGGUUACCACAUCCAGUCCAAGAAUGUAUUCCCUGACAACUGGAAGGUGCCUCAGGAUGGAGACUUUGACUUUUUGAAGAACUUAGACUUUGAGGAGCUACAGAUGCGGUUGAGUGCCUUGGAUCCCAUGAUGGAGCGGGAGAUCGAGGAGCUAAGGCAGCGCUACACUGCCAAGAGACAGCCCAUCUUGGAUGCAAUGGAUGCAAAGAAGAGACGACAACAGAAUUUCUAAGUGAUCUUUGCCUUUGGCGGUCUCACAAAGCCACACUUGCCACAAAAUUAAUGUCCUAACGACUUGGAGAAACCAGGAUGACCUCACUGUCUUUGCUGGAAGCCACCUGCCGUUCUUUUCUGAUCCACAGAUGGGCCUGUGGCUGAGGAGUGAAGCUUCUAUUCCUGGGUGACAGUCUUUACACCUACAAGCCUUGUUUCUACACUGUGUCCAGAUGCUGGACGUCUAAAUCAUAAUGUGGCUUCUACUGUUCCUGUAAAGGCCAAAGAGAACCAAGCCUUGGUGGUCACAAGUCUAAAAGUGAAUAUUAUAUUAUUUUCCCCCCGUCCACACAAAUUCCCCUUCAUGCCACAUAGAAAAUCCUCUGGAUAUCACAAUCAAAACGUAAGAAAGGGCUUCUGCCAUGACAACCAUGUCAACACUACCCGAGCAUCUGGUAGCAGCAGGAUUCAGUUGCAGUGCACUCAACAAGUGGUCCUUUUCUCCUCAAGACUUUUUUCAUGAUCUGUAAAUAUAAUAUAAUAUAAUAUAGAGCCUAGUUUGGAAAUGCCUGCAGCAAAAAGCCGUGGAGGUUCAUCUAUGACCAAAGACAAUCAGUAUGAUGAUUCUGUUGAGAAUGCCUUAAAAUACUUUAGACCUGGUUUUCAAGAGUUGAGCAGUUAAAGCUGCAAAUGUUUGUCAGAAUGGACAGAAAUGACAAAUCGUUUACACGGUUUAAAAGUUGAUCAACUUGCAUGAUUUCAAUUUGUUAUGGACCCGAAAUGGUUAAAAUUCCAGUCGUCUUAAUUGUAAUUUAUUUAACUCUGUUUUCAAAGUUUGAUGAUUUUGGUUGCGAUAUACAUCAAAUUUAUGUCUAUCUUGACUGGUAAAAACACAGCGAACCCUGUUCUGCAUCUUUAUGAAUUUAACAUUUAAAAAAAAAACAAAAAACAUUUACUCAUCAGUUGUGUCCAUAUUGUCUUUUAAUAGUAAGAGCGGUCUCAGAGAAUCAUUCCUAAUUAAGAAAAAACAAAAGGCAUUCCGCAAUCGUGUAUCUCAGCUUUAAAUCCACUGUUUUAAAGCUGAGCUGUAACAUUCAGAAACGUAUGAGCAGUUUAUUGUUGUAGUUCACUCCAGGAGAUAAAAGUGGCUGAUGCUGUUAACUUGAAAACAGAGCGACUGUACAAGCUACAGAGUACUCUUUAUUGCAUUAAGUUGCUAUUGCAUCUUGAAAUGUCAGUGCAGCUUAUUUGUAUGUUUUUGUUUUAGCAUUUAAGAUUGUUACUGCUUUCAUUUCCAGGCUUUUGGAGUGUGAGUGUUAUUGAUGAAGGAGAGGACAUGCUGCGUGUCUUUUGUUUUAACAGCUAUAAACUGUAUUUACACAAAACUAGUGAUGAGAUUUAAUUAGGUUUUUUUUUACACAAACGUCUGCACUCAAGGUAAUUUGUUAUAAUAUCAGCUGACGGGCUGUAACAAGAAACAGUAGUGCAGAAAAGCCAACAAUAUCUGUGCAGGGACUGUGAUGCUGUAAUUGAAUAUCACAAUGUUUUCUUGCUAGAGAGCUCUGACAACUGUUUUAUUUAACAGUAACAUAAUCAACCUGAUCAUAAUUCCUUAAUAAUUACGUUAAUGGGAUGGUCGUUUGGGUUCUCAGUUUAGCCUUAAAUAUAAAAAUAAAUAUUUGUUUGUAGCAUAUGUUUUUCCGAGUCUUCAAAUAUCGAUUGAAAUGCUACGUACGGCCCUUGUUCAGUUUUGGAUGUUGGAUUGAAAUUGUUUACUAACGAACCAGUGAUUUUUGUCUCCAUGAAGGAGGCAAACCUCUCUGCUUUGGCUGUAAUUUAGUGUUAAUCAUGACUGAAUGAAGUCACACUGUGUUUAUUACGAGUACAGUUUGUCUGCUGCUUGCUGUUACAUAUGAAUGUUAAUAUGCAGUUAUGAUCAUUUGGUUCAGCCUUGACAUUGCUGCAUGUUACAUAUUUUAUUAAUACGAUAAAAAGACCUGUUACACUGUCUUACUGUGUCUCAUCCGAUGGACUAUGUGUCCAACGAGCUGACAUUUUAAGCGCAUUAAUGCAAAUUUCAAUCAGGACUAUCCCAGCCUUAAAUUAUCACAUUUCUACUAGUUUUGUAUUAUUUUCUGCUCUGAAAAGGAACCGUUUGUGACAUUUUUGCCACUGUUUUAUGCUGAAUAUUUGCAACUAACAGACAUUCACGCUCCAUUUAGUAAAUGUUUUUGACUUAUUUUUUGACACAUUGUUAAUAUCUGUCAGACAUAUUUGGCUUGAUUUCUGUCCCUCUAUGUGUUAGACUAUGCAUGUUCAUAAGUACAUUUGCUUAUUAGUGAAAUGCUCUUUUUUUUAACUGCACAGGAGUAUUGUUGAUAAGAAAGAUGCAUUGUUUUCACUACUUUUAAUAACGAUUGAAACAAACUAUCUGUAAAGUGUACAAAACCCCACUUUGAUCAGCCAUAAUGUGUAUAUGAAAUCAUAUGAAUCGUUUUUGAUAUUAUAACUACAUAAUUUUGUUUUCAUUUA